AUGGCAGCGGGGGGGGCGGGGGACAGACUGGACACAGACAAACUGACUGACAGAAGGGAUGACAUCUCACUGCAGGGUAUGACAACUAUCACUGCAGCUGCAAAAGAAGCAGGAGGAGAAGAAGAUGUGACAAUGAGAGCAGUGCUUCUGCAGCUCAUUGACACUGUCAUCUCUGUCUUCAACCUGGCUUUCUUGAUGGCCAUGAAGGCUGCCGCCGCACCAUGA